UUUAAGAUUUUGUAUUAAAUAUUACUUUUUAUAAAAUAAACAAAAUUGAAAAUGAAAUGAACAUUAUGCAUGCAAUAUUACACUUGCAUCAUUUAAGAGAUGUUUCUAUGACAUAGGAUAGAAGUUUCAUUUCAUCAAAGAAAAUUUAGUACAAAUCUGUAGUAUUAAAAAAUAUAUCAUAAGAUAGUUAAAAUAUGAUUUAAAAUGCGACAUUUGUACAUGAUUUUGUAUUCUUUUUAUAAUUAUUAAUAAAGUACUUUUUGUGUGAAAAUAUAAUUGUUUAUAUUAUUCGAUGUUAAAACGUAAGAUAGUAUAUGGAACUAUAUCAAUCUCUAUGUAUGAUACACACUAUUUCAAUAUAUCUAUGUAUGUAGAGUAAAUAAAUGCCGGAAGUUCGUGGAGCAAUCCUCAUUAUGUAUUUCUUAUUCGGAGUUGGUAAUAAGAUAUAAUGGAUCGAGCAAUAUAAAAAGAUUUCCACUGAUGUAACAUCGAGGUAUAUAAGAAAAACUUCGCGACGCAAUAAUGUCAAAAAUGUUAAAAUGUUUCUUAUUGCAACGUUCUUCAUAACUUUAUUCCUAAAUGUACCUCUUAAUACAGCUGAUUUACCGGGUCAUCAAUCACCAAUUCAAAACUUCCCAGUUUUCCAUCCUGAAGAAAGUAUUCUGGAUAUUUUUCUGAACCCGACAUCGGUUAUUUCAAACGAUCACACGGUGAUCGGUAAUAUCAUCGAUUCAGAUUUGAAAGCGGAAGAUAUGAAUUAUGAGCUUUACACUAAGGAUAAUAAAGAGCAAUCUGUUCCUCUACAAGUGGGCGAUAUCGUACAACUAAAGAAUUCACCAUUAAAUUCUACAUGGCCAACCAAGAUCAUCGUUCACGGAUGGACAGAGAAUGGAAAUGCUUUCUGGUUACAUAACAUCCGACGAAAUUAUCUUAGUGUUGGAGAUUACAACGUAAUCUGCGUGAAUUGGUCCGCCGGUUCAACCAAAGAAUAUCUAACAUCCGUCAGACUUAUUCGUCAGAUAGGAGAAUACGUGGCUGCAUUUAUACAAUUUCUUCGAUCAGAGGCUCAAGUCUCUUACGAUGAUGUCCAUAUACUGGGUCAUAGUUUAGGCGCCCACGUAGCUGGAUAUAUUGGUAAUUAUUUAUCGGGAAAACUCGGUCGAAUCACCGGGCUUGAUCCGGCUGGACCAGCAUUCGAGACACCUUAUCUAAAAGAUACAGAAGAGCGACUGGAUUCUGCAGAUGCCAAUUUCGUCGAUGUUAUACACACUUGUGCUGGUAGUCUGGGAAUCCUUAGACCUAUUGGCGACGCAGAUUUUUAUCCAAAUGGCGGAACAUUCAGGCAACCCGGAUGUCCAAUACUUUCAGCCCAAUACUGUAGUCAUGCUAGAUCGCAUCAAUUUUUCGCAGAGUCCAUCGUACAUCCUGAAGGCUUUAUCUCUGUACAAUGCUCAAACUGGAUAGAUUUUCAGUUUGGUAAAUGCAGCAAUAAUACCGCUUUGAUGGGUGAAUUUAUCAGUACCGAUGCUCGAGGUACUUAUUAUCUGGAAACGAACGCAGAACCGCCGUUUGGAAAAGGCGAGAUAUAAAAUGAAGGUGUCGGAAAUGUUUAGAGAUAACUUGUAACAUUGCAUGUUUACUUAUUACACAUAUAUAUGUAUAUGUAUUUUAUUAUAAUUAUAUAGCAAUAUCGCAGAAGAACGUAUAAAAGAGUAUAGAAAGUAUUCUACUUAUAUGAUAUAAUAUGUAUAUCUAAUGCACAAAUACGCAUUGCGAUAUAAAAUA